UGUUGCGGCAGCAGCGGCGGUGGCAGCAGCGGUGCUGACAUUGGGACAGCGGUGUCAGGACAGCGGUGGCAGCAAGAGCUGCAGGACUGGCAGAGGGCAGGGCACCAUGGCCCUUGCUCUGCGCCUCUUCCUCCCGCUCCUCCUGGCCGCGGCCCUGCCUGCCAGGGCUGCCCAGGCUGCUCCACUGCAAGUGCGGGGAGCAGAUGAGCAUGCUAGGAAGGCUUCUCCAGCAGCUUGGCUCCAUGCAGAUUUCCAGCCUCUUAAGCCUCCUGCAGGUGUGUCUGCAGGGAGGACUUUCCCAGGUCCUCUGGUGAAUGUUGCACAUAAUCCUGAAUCCCAUCGCAGGGAGAUGGACAGAGAGGCUGUGGUGAAGGCUGAGUUUCCCGGAGGAAGCAGUGGCUCAUUGGCAGCCUCUGCUGCAGGAAGGGAGGCGAUGCCAGGCCCAGUCACUGGAGGUUGGGACCAUGACUUACAUCAUUUGGAAAGACUGGCAAACCAUGGCUUAAGGUUCUUGGAACUUGGUGAAGCUGAACGUGAUGAUGAAGAUGAUCUGGAUUCCCAACCCAUACCCAUUACUGAGCCUCAGGGAGAUGCUGAGGGUGUGUCUGCAGGGAGGACUUUCCCAGGUCCUCUGGUGGAUGUUGCACAUAAGCCCCACUCCCAUCGCAGGGGUCCCCUGAGAAGGAAGAACAAACCUACAGGAGACAGUAAGUCCCUGGAGGAAUCCAAACAUCUGGAACAAAUCCUGAGUGAUGUGGAGAGACGUGGUGGUGGGUGCAUUUCCCUCAGCCUUCCCCUGGGACUCGGCAGCCGGGGGCGUUCCCUGCACAUCUGGACACGCCAUGCCCGGCACAGCGGGAAGGGAUCCAUGACAGCCUGGCUGCCCCGCUGCUGCUUUCACGGCCUGCAGGGCUGUUUCCCAGCCUGGCCUGGCUGCAGCUUCUCCCCAGCCUCUGCAGGAAGGCAUUUGGCAGCGGCUGACAGGGAGCCCAAACUGCACCGUGGGCCUGAGAUCCCCUGCAAUUUCCUGGUCUCUGGGUUGAUGCAGAGAGGCAGCUGUUUGCAGGAGGGAGGGCCCUGGAGCAGCUCCAAAACCCUGGCCAUUUUCCUUGUCUUUAUCCACCCUUUGACAAGUAUUGCUUGGAGCAGAACAGCACAGCACAGAGGAAUUAUGGCAUGCAGGCUCAGGGGUUUGGCUACUGGGCAGUCCUGUGCCAAGGGGCGGCAAGGCCCCAGCUCUGGGGGAAACAGAGACCAAGGACCUCCUGUCCCUCUGCACCGUGCUGCCAGCUCAGCAGUGGAGCACAGCACGGGCUCACGCUCCCCAUUGCUCCCACAGAUGCAGCCGGCACCUCAACACAUGCUGACAAGACCUGGAAAAGCAUGAGAAGAGUUUUCUGCUGGGGAACACCUUGUUUGGUUAAGUUGAU